AUGCAGGGCCUAUACUUCUUUUCUGCCGUAUUAGCAGCAACCUCUGCUUCCGCAACCAGAAUUCUGCUUCCCUUGUAUGUUUACCCGAGCCCUCCUGGGUGGAACACGAUCUUCGAUGCCAUUGCAACGCACCCAUCUAUCGACUUCCAGAUCGUCCUCAACCCCAGUACCGGGCCCGGCGGAUCAACUCCCGGAUACAACAUCCACUGGAUCAACGCGGUCUCCACGCUCCACACCUAUGACAACGUCGACACCUUGGGCUACGUAUCAGCCGGCUACGGCGACAGGGACCUGGCGGACAUCACCACUGACAUCGACAACUGGGACCUUUGGAACCACUACACGGAAGCGGACAUCACGGUAGAUGGGAUAUUCUUCGACGAGACGCCCAACUGGAACGGCACAAGAGGUGCAUAUGACGUCUCUUUCAUGGAACAGGUCAGCCAGCUGGCGGAUCACCGGGGGUACAGCAAGGUAUUCAACAUUGGGCAGGCAUGCAGUCAUGACGAGUACUUCAACAUCGCCGACACGGUCGUCGUUUUUGAGGACUGGGCUGAGCUGUACAAUGACACCGUGCUGGACGAUGUCGUGGCGGAUGGCGUGGCAGGCAAGUCCGCCGUUCUGAUCCACCAUUUCGAGGACAGCAGCCUGACUUCGGGGUUUGCGGUGAGAUGGGUUCUGAACAUGGUCAACAAGGGGCUUGGCAGCUUUGCCAUCGUCAACACGGACUGGACCCAUGCGAAUUCGGAUGUUGCGCCGAUGGGGAUUGGGAUACUCGCUGAUUUGCUUGAGUCCGUUCUGGAUCAUUGA